CUGUCUGCCAGGCUGCGAGUCGGGGCCACAGCCACCAUGCGUUGUCACCUAACUUUCUUUUAAAAUGUCUCCUUUUUCUAAAAAAAAAAAAAAAAGGAUUGGAUAGAUGGACACAACCUGAGCUGCUGUCCAGGUGGAGCGAGCUUUUGAAGCUUUCGAACUUCCUAAAGAGACAACAGUAACUAAAAGAAUCACUCGAGCGCCAACAUUUUUUUAUUUCUUUCUACACGGAUAUUUCCUUCAUCUCAGACAGUAGGAGAUGGAGAACGGGACAUUAGAAGAUGCGGAUGCGAUGUGGGACAAGGUGGAAUGCAAGCGCUACGAGCUGUGUUGCGUCAUCACCCCGGCAAAGCUGACCCCGUACCUGCGUCAGUGCAAAGUGCUGGACGAACAGGAUGAGGACGAGAUUCUCAACUCCCUGCUGCUCAGUGCCAAAGCAAACCGCACAAGUCGUCUGCUGGACAUCCUCCGCACUAAAGGAGACCAGGGGUAUGUGGCGCUUUUGGAGAGUCUGGAGUUUUACUACCCCGAGCUGUACAAGUCGGUGACAGGAAAAGAGCCCACUCGACGCUUCUCCUCCAUCGUAGUGGAGGAGGGUCAGGAGGGUCUGACCCAGUUUCUCAUGAGUGAAGUAAUGAAACUGCAGCAGCACACCAAAGUCAAGACCCUGCAGAACGCAGAGCUCAGCAGGAAGACACGCACGCUGGAAGAUGAGCGCAAGAAGCUCAGCUUGGCUAAUCAGGAGCUUCAAGCCUUCCAGCAAAGGUACAACAAGCUGCGGGAGGAGAGAAACACCUACAGCGACGAACUGCUGAGAGUGAAGGAUGAAAACUACAAACUGGCCAUGAGGUACGCCACGCUGAGCGAGGAGAAGAACAUGGCCGUGAUGAGGAGCCGAGACCUGCAGCUAGAGAUCGACCAGCUGAAGCACAAGUUGAACAAGGUGGAGGAGGAGUGCAAGAUGGAGAGGAGGCAGAGUCUGAAACUGAAGAACGACAUCGAGAAUCGGCCGAAGAGAGAGCAGAUUUUUGAGCUGGAGCGAGAGAAUGAAAUGCUGAAGAUCAAGCUGCAGGAGCUGCAGUCCAUCAUACAGCCUGGCCCCUUACCAGCGUCAGACAAAGCCAUUCUUGACAUUUUGGAGCACGACAGACAGGAAGCUCUAGAAGACAGACAGGAUCUGGUCAACCGCCUCUACAACCUGCACGAAGAAGUCAGACAGGCAGAGGAGCUGCGAGACAAGUACUUGGAGGAGAAGGAGGAGCUCGAACUGAAGUCCUCCUCGCUUCAGAAGGACUGUGAAAUGUAUCGCAACCGUAUCGACACCAUCACCACCCAGCUGGAGGAGGUGGAGAAGGAGAGGGACCAGGCAUUUCGAGCCAGAGACGAUGCCCAGCAUCAGUUCUCCCAGAGCCUCAUCGACAAGGACAAAUACAGGAAGCAGAUCCGAGAGCUGGAGGAGAAGAGCGACGAGCUCCACAUCGAGAUCGUGCGCAAAGAGGCCAAGCUGGUGACACUCGAGUGUCGCCUUCGAAGGAUGUCCAAAGACACUCCUCUGGACCAGAAUUUUCCAAGGGACCUCACUCCCCCCAUCAUCUCCCCGGGGCAAGGCCAGUCGGAGUGGUCCAGUGACGAGUCGCCCGAGGAGAAGGUCCAGCCUGAAAAGCCCCGUCUGAAACGCCGACCCAACCUCAAAGCAGGGAUCAGAGCUAAGUCUCCAGUUUCUGGGCUCAAAGACCAUCCAAUGAGCUCAGACACCGGUCAGCGUUCAGCUGCGGCCACCGUCAACGGUGGAGAUUUCCUGGACAUCCAGAUGCCGAUCUCGAACGGCAACAACAACUCUCUCCCACCCUCUCCCAGCUUCCUGAUGUCCCCAACGUAUCCUCCAUCCUCAGCUCCCCCGCCUCUUCCCUCCUCCCCAUCCCCCUCCCCACACACGUACACCGCCGCGGAGCCGCACAGGCCGAACAUAUUCCAGCUACGUUGCCGUAACGACAGCAUCCUGUCCAUAGUCCCAGAGCCGCCUGAGAAAGCAUCCCUGUAUCGCAGAGAGAGGGAAAAGGAAGAAGACUUCCACCCACGCAGCCUCUCGGACAGCGACAACAUGGAGAUGGAAGGAGAGGACGCCCCUAACUCUGUGAUCUCCUCCUCCUCCUCCCACCAGUCCGAGGGGAUGGACACAUAUGAUCUGGAGCAGGUCAACAACAUCUUCAGAAAGCUUUCUUUGGAGAGGCCAUUCCGCCCGUCCUUGUCGUCUUUCUCAAGGAUCAGUGCCACAUUGAAGCCGGUUCAGGAGCUGUCGUUACUGGGCGACAACCUCCUGAAGGACAUCACGCUGGUUGGUGGCAACGACAGGGGGAUUUUCAUUUCAUCCGUUCAGCCGGGAUCCAACGCUGAGAGAGGGGGCCUGCGAGAAGGUCAACACCUGCUGCUGUUGGAAGGGUGCAUACGAGGGGAACGCCAAAGCAUUUCAUUGGACACCAGUACUCAGGAAGAAGCCCACUGGAUGUUGCAGCGCUGCUCUGGACCAAUCAGUCUGCACUACCGGGUCAACUUGGACACAUACCGCCGCCUCCAGAGGGACCUCGCUGAUGGCACGUUGCAAUCGGGUGACUCUUUCUACAUACGAAUGAAUCUGAACAUCUACGGACAGUCGGACAGCUGCUCUUUAAACGUACGCUGUGAUGAGGUGGUGCAUGUGCUGGACACCAGGCAUCAGGGUCGCUGCGAGUGGCUGUGUGCCCGCGUGGACUCCUACAGUGGAUUGGACCAGCCCGAACGAGGCACCAUACCAUGCAACUCACGAGCGCAGCAGCUGCUCCUGGUGAAAAUCCAGAAGUUGGUGUGUCGAGGCGGCAAAGAGGAGAAUGACCAUCGCAACGGCAGGAACAAUUUACAGCCAGAAGAAUCCAGCUCCUCUCCCGAUCCUAAAGCUAGUCCACGUUUGUCCAGAGCUAGCAUCUUCCUCAGUCAGAUACUACAGUUUGUCAGCAGAGUGGACAUCAAAUACAAGCGGAUGAACAGCAAUGAACGUGUAAGGAUCAUCAACUCUGGCAGCACAUCACUACCAAGACAAAGCUUUGAGAUGAUGAGACAAGAAGACAUUGCUGACCAGGACAACGAUCUGAGCAGAAGUUUGAACCUGAUCCCCUACAGUCCUGUCACCCCUCAGAGGACCCAGAGGCGAAGACCAGUCCUAUUCACGCCCACUGCAUUAGCCAAAACCAUUAUCCAGAAAAUCCUGAACAUGGGGGCAGCCAUGGACUUUAAUAUCUGCAAACCAGAUACCCUGUCCAAAGAGGAGUUUCAUCUGAAACAGAACGUGGAGCCCUUCAUUCACUACAAGGAGAAACAGGCCACAUUCGAUUGCAUCACGCGGGAAAACAUCGAGGCUGUCGCAGCCAAAGGAAAACACUGCCUGCUGGAGGCGGAGCUGAGCUGCGUCAAGGACCUGCUACGGAGAGAAAUCUACCCGAUCAUCAUUCACGUCAAGAUCUGUGAUAAAAAUAUCAAGAAGUUAAGGAAGUUGCCUCUGCGUGUGGAGUCGGAGGAGGAGUUCGUGAGGUUGUGUCGGGCCAAAGAGAAGGAGCUCGAGGGCAUCCCGUGCCUGUACGCCACCCUGGAGCCAGAGUCCUGGGCGGGGACGGAAGACUUAAUCCGGGUCACCAAAGACCGGAUACUGGAUGAGCAGAGGAAGACCGUCUGGGUUGAGCAGGACCUCCUGUAGAACCACAACUGUCUGCACAUCUGCAUACAUGUGUAGCUAAACACAGCAAAACCACGCAUCUUCUACAACUAGCUGCCGUUUUAUAUUUAUUGUCACUCUUAACGCGUUCAUGGACAGUGGAAAAAAAUUGACUUAAUGUAACA